AUGGCUUCGCCAACAGCUUCGCGGCCUGCCGCGCUUCCGCGACUACCGGGAGGUUCCUUUCUCCUGCUCCAGGACGAACCACCGCGCACGCCCUUAAGCUUGAGCCACGGCGCGCUGGCCUCCCUCAUUAAGAACAAUCCAGCUGCCGCGCUGGCCAGCCCCUUUGGACGUGAUGACGACGAUGGCAUCAACCACGGCCACGGUCACGGCCAUAGCCAUGGCCCAGAGGACGAGUCUCACCACCGCGAUGAGCGCCGCAUGAGCGCCAUCCUCAACAGCUCCAAUAUGCGCAGCAUGCGCUUGAUUGGGAACAGUAACCCCCGCUACCGCUGGGAGCGCUACUGGAAGACCGAGGCCGAGCUGGCCAAGAUGCCCAAGCACAUCCGUGCCUACUACGAGCGUGUCAACUAUCUGGUCCAGCAGUAUCUGUACAUUGACCGGCUGCUGGACUCGUCUCUGCCCCAUGACCUUCUCAAUGAGUACAACGACAUGCCCGUCUCAGCCUUUUCAGGCGGCGUUGAGAUUCCCGCAACCAUCGCCGGGGGCUCGUCAGCGACAUCAAAACGGGAACCCCCCCGCAAGGUGAAGCGCACGCCGAAGGACAUCUAUCGCCCCACAGAGACCACUCCCCUGAUCUCCUCCCCGUGCGCUGUUGAUGAUGGGAAUGACGACGGGUAUGGCUUUGGCAACGAGGACGCCGACGUCGAGACCGGCCGUUCCAAGCACGAGAUCCCCUGGCUCCAAGACGACGUGGUCGACAGCGACGCGCCCAUCGUCACGCUCGCCAUCUACGUCAACUUUGCCGCCAACGCCAUUCUGCUGGCCGGCAAGAUCGCCGUCAUCGUGUCGGUGCCCUCGGUCUCAGUGCUGGCCAGCCUUGUCGACGCCUUGUUGGACUUCCUCUCGACCGCCAUCGUCUGGGUCACCACCUGGCUCAUCCGCAAGCAGGACCAUUACCGGUAUCCCGUCGGUAGGCGCAGGCUUGAGCCGCUGGGCGUUUUGGUCUUCUCCGUCAUCAUGAUCACUUCGUUCGUCCAGGUCGCCCUCGAGGCCAUCCAGCGGCUUGCCUCGCCUGAUCAUGAAAUCAUUAAGCUCGGAAUACCCGCCAUCGCCAUCAUGCUGGGCACCAUUGUCAUAAAGGGCAUGUGCUGGCUGUGGUGCCGUUUGGUCAACAAUUCCAGUGUGCAGGCCUUGGCCGCCGACGCAAGUACAGAUGUCAUAUUCAAUGCUGGUUCCAUCGCGUUUCCUCUAGUCGGUUUCUACGCCGGGAUAUGGUGGCUCGACGCCCUAGGCGGUCUCCUCCUCUCCCUGGUCGUUAUCAUCAACUGGUCUCAGACAUCGUUCGAACACAUCCGGCACCUCUCGGGCUUCUCAGCCACCGCCGACCAGCGGAACAUUCUCCUCUACCUGACCAUGCGCUUCGCCAAGACCAUCAAGCAAAUCCAGGGUCUCCAGGCCUACCACGCUGGCGACAAGCUGAUUGUCGAAGUGGACAUUGUUCUGGACGCCAGCACGCCCCUCAAGGACAGCCAUGACCUAGCUGAAAGCCUACAGUACGUUCUUGAAUCGGUGCCCAUCGUCGACCGGGCCUUUGUGCACGUUGAUUACGCCACCUACAACCUGCCCACCCACAUGUCGCAGCAAAUUACCUAA